AUGGAGACUGCACAAUUCAUAAAUGAUAAGGGGAUCCACAAAAUUCAGAAGAAGCUCAAUGAAGUGGAGGAUUUAGCAUCUAAUAGAAGCCUAUCUGAUGAUGAGAUAAAGUCUAAGAGAGAAUUACAGCAACAAUUGUGGGAGGCCUCAACAGCUUAUGAAUCUUUAUUAAGGCAGAAAUCUAGAGCUAAAUGGCUAAAAGAAGGGGACAACAACUCAACUUAUUUCCAUAAAGUCAUCAAUUUCAGAAGACAUUAUAAUGGUCUUCAAGGAUUUCUCAUUCAGGGUGAAUGGAUUCAGAACCCCAAUGAUGUUAAGAAGGAGGCUGAGCAGAGGGAGUUUUUGGCUGUUCCUUUUUUGGAUUUGGAGAUCAAAGAAGCAGUGUGGAGUUGUGAUGGGCACAAAUGUCCUGGACCUGAUGGCUUCAACUUCAAAUUCAUUAAAGAAUUUUGGGAAAUGAUGAAAACUGACUUCAGAAGAUUUGUAGAUGAAUUCCAUGUGCAUGGCAGCUUCCCUAGAGGCAGUAAUGCUUCUUUCAUAGCUCUAAUUCCCAAAACCAAACACCCCCAGUCAUUUGAUGACUACAGACCAAUCUCCUUGAUUGGAUCUUGCCUCCACUCAGCAUCUAUAUCAAUUUUGAUUAAUGACAACCCUUCUAAGGAAUUUCUCCCUACAAGGGGUUUGAGACAGGGGGAUACCCUAGCUCCCUUACUAUUCAAUAUUGUAGGUGAAGGUAUUACUGGUAUGAUGAGACAAGUAGUCCACAAAAACCUCUAUAGAAGCUUCUUGGUUGGAAAGAAAAAGGAGCCUAUCAACAUUUUGCAGUAUGCUGAUGAUACUGUCUUUGUAGGAGAGGCUGUGUGGGAGAAUAUUCAUGUUAUAAAGGCCUUAUUAAGAGGAUAUGAAUUAGCUUCUGGUUUAAAUAUUAACUUUGCUAAAAGUCAGUUUGGGAUAAUAGGGGGUGGAGUCAAUUGGUCUUUGGAAGCAGCCAAUAUUUUGCCCUGUCGACAGCUGGAAUAUCCUUUCCUCUAUUUAGGCUUACCUAUUGGGGCUAAUCCUUCUAGCCAGUUCGUGUGGGAGCCUCUCAUUUCUAAAUUCAAGUCUAAAUUAGCCAAAUGGGCUCAAAGAGAUAUAUCCAUGGCUGGGAAGAUCACCCUUAUCAAUUCUGUUGGGAGUGGGGAGAAUAUUAAAUUCUGGACUGAUAACUGGCUAGGGGAACAACACACCCUACAGCAGAAGUAUAAUCAGCUUUUCCUCAUAAGUAGACAGCAAAAGGACCACAUCUCUCAAAUGGGACAUUCUAAUCAUAAUAGCUGGAGGUGGGACAUGAGGUGGAGGAGGAAUCUCUUUGAUCAUGAAAGCCAUUUGGCUGUGCAGUUUAUGGAGGAAAUCAGUUUUGUUCCUAUUCAAAGAUAG